AUGGCGGAGUUUGUUAAAGACAAGAACUUUCAAGAACUUGUCGUCGACACCACAAUCGAGAAUAGGAACGAUGAAGAGGUAAGAGGAACUGAAGGAACUUUAUCAAUAAACUCUUCACAUUUCUUUGCAGCCGAUGACGCUUGACAAUUUCACGAAACUAAUGGUCCAGUUUUACGAGUUGGGAUGGAUGCGUGGGAGCGGCGGAGCGAUGGGCUGCAUCUCCGGAAGCAAACUGAUGAUUUCUCCGUCGGCACUUCAAAAAGAGCGUAUACGAGAGUAAGCGUUUCUUUCAAUUGGUUUUGGUGUUGAACAUGAGGUUUUUUGUUAAGACAGGACGUGUUUGUUUACAAUAUCUCGGAAAAAACUGAGGUUCAACGACCGCUCAACAAAAGGAUCACAGUUUCAUCCUGUUCUGUGCUCUUCUCUCUUAUCAUGAAGGAAACUGGUAAGUUAGUUUGAUUACUGCAACUAUUGAUCACCAAUAACCGAUUUUUUUUUUAAAUUUAAUUUAAUUUCACUAUGUGCAUUAGAUUGUGUUUUAGGAAGUGAAUGUGUGAUCCACACGCACUCGAAAGCCGCGAACCUGAUCACACAACUCGUGAAAACGGACACUUUUGAAAUCUCGCACCAGGAAUACAUCAAGGGAAUCUACGAUCCAUUUUCUGGAAAAGCAUUGAAGUAUUCGGAUACCCUUUUAAUUCCGAUUAUCGAAAAUAUGCCCAGUGAAAGUCAGCUUUUGGCGAGUGAAACACCUAAAAAAGAGUUUGCUUUAUUGACUUUUCGUUUUUAGGAGCCGAUAAGAGGCGUUCUCGAAGCUUAUCCGCAAGCAAUUGCUGUGCUCGUUAGAAAUCAUGGGCUCUUCGUGUGGGGACCCACUUGGGAAUUGACGAAGAUCAUGUGAGUAAUGACGUCAAGCAUGAUGUUCAAUCACUUACUUUUGUUUUCAUUCUUUCAUUCUUUCAGGACCGAGUGCAUCGAUUACUUGUUGGAGUUGGGUCUCGAAAUGGUGAAGAACAAUAUUCCAUUAGUGAACGAAGCAGCUUUCGAAAAAGAUUCUAGGCUGCCCGACAAACUGACAACAUUGCUUUUUUGA